GUUAAGACUAUAUCCCCUGGGCGGGGACAGGAGCUCGGCGCGUGGGUAGGAAGCGGCCACGGCGGGUGUUGGAGAAGGAAAAUGGCGGCGGCCACUGCCGCGCAGCUCACCGAUGAGGAGCUUUUCUCUGAACUGAAGCGAUUCGGUUUCUCGCCUGGACCGGUGACGGAAAGCACCAGGCCAGUCUACAUUAAAAAGCUAAAAAAGCUGCGAGAGGAAGAGCGGACGUCCGGGGCCCACAGCGUUGUAGCCAACAAGACCCGGAACAGUAAUAACAAUACACCGGGUGCAGGCAGCGACAACGGCUUGGGAGCUCGGUUGGGCAGCCCCGAACUCUUGUCUUUGUCCGGAGUAUUUGGCGGGGGUGGCGUCCGGGCCCGCGCAACUCCCUUCGGUGGAAGCGGUGGCAAAGUCCUGCUGGGCUUCAGUUCUGACGAAUCGGAUGUGGAGGCCAGUCCCAGGGGCCAGGCUGGCGCCGCUGCCAGCCGGAGGGAACGGGGUUCAACCUCACGUCGGGACCCGAGGCCUGCAGGCGCGUCUGGCGCCGCCUGCCUCAAUCGUAGUGCCUUGUCAGAAUCGCCGGCCCGCAGGAAGCCCAAUGCCUGGUGGGGAGCGACGACUAGACGGGCUACGGUCACGGCAGAGGCUUGGAAGCAGACGGAGAGCGGGAGAGCGAUCGGCGACGAGGAAGACGCCCAGAAAGAGAAAGAGGAGACCGAGCCCAAGCGGGAGCGAUGCAAGACCCGAGCAGUGAACGGGAACAGGUUGCUCGCCUCCGGCAGCUCAAAUAUGAAGGGAAAGUAUUCGGACUCGGAGGAAGAAGAUGAGGUCGCUACCCAGCUGGGGCUAACAGAGGAAUCCUUUACUCGCCACUAUGUCUGCAGGAAGAAUCUUUGUAAAUCGGUCAGCCCCUUCUCCGCUCGCAAAGGUAUUGCAGCAGGCGACGGCUUGCUGGAGGCGGGUCAAGGGCAAAGCUCUGCGGUUGGCAGUAGCUUUGCGGGGAAUGUCAGGGUUGCCGGCUGUAGUAAAAACGCCGAAAGAGCGGACAGGCGAGAGGAUGAGGAGGAGAAAGAAACACUAACAGCCGGAGAAGAUGGCGAUUAUGUGGACUCGAAUCCAAUUGCUCCCCGUUACCGCGGCAGUUCUUCCAAGAAAACCAAUCAGCUGUUAUUGCCGCCACUGUUACCUGACAUAGACCAUAGCAAAAUAACUGACUCCUUAAGCAGUAGUAGGAAACCAGCCAACAAUCAUAUUCUCUCUGAUGCAAUUGGUGGCUAUAAUAUUGAACCAAGCAUUUACAGUGCUACCAGCACUCUGGCUUUAGGUGCUACCACCUUAACAUCCACUGGAAUUAAUCACUCCAAUCACACAGGUUCCAAUCAUACAUAUUUGAAAAAUUCUUACAACCCAAAGCUUUUGGAACCUGAAGAGGAUCUGUUACAGCAGUUUAAGAGAGAAGAAAUAUCCACCACAGGAAGUUUUAGUGCUCAUUAUUUGUCGAUGUUCCUCUUGACCGCUGCAUGUUUGUUCUUUCUGGUGUUGGGAUUCACUUACCUGAGAAUGAGAGGUUCUGGAGUAGCUGAGAAUAUGAGAAUUGAGAAUAAUAAUCCAACCAUUGGGGAACCAAAAGUAGACAAACCAAUUCUCAUGAACUGUUUAUAUAGACUUCAUGAAAAGUUGGCUCAAAUGGCAGGUGAUCAUGAAUGUGGAAAUUCUGUAAAGAAGGGUCUUUCCAUCCAAGAAGCUGCUACUUAUUUAAAACUCCAGCUUUCUCAUGAUGAUAAGAACACCUGUGGAUCCAAAGCUCUCCUCUUCUUCCUCCCCACUCUGUUGAAUUUAGGUCCAGACUAUGAAAAUGCAUUUAAUGAAUCGUUGCAAUGGUUAUUAAAUAGUGGAGAAGAUGUUGGUAUAAAGUAUGUUGGUAACAGCUCAGAUGAAGAGUCCAUAACCAAUACAACUGAUAUAAAAUAUCUAGUGUCAACUAAGCCACAGAUGACCCUUACAUGCCGUUUUCGACGUGCAUUUAUUACUGCAACCUGUAGAUCAUUCAUUCUGCUGUUAGGUAUUGGAAUGAUUUGGGGAGUCAUAAAAUAUACGAAAUAUAGAUGGUACAAAGAAGAAGAGGAGACUAGGGAGAUGUAUGACAUGAUUGUAAAAAUUAUAGAUGUUCUAAGAACUCACAAUGAAGCAUGUGAGGAAAACAAAGAAUUACAACCAUAUAUCCCUAUUCCCCAUGUACGAGAUUCUUUGAUUGCACCAAAAGACAGGAAGAAAAUGGAAAAAGUAUGGAAAAGAUCUGUUGAUUUCCUUGCUGCUAAUGAAUCUAGAGUUCGCACAGAAACACAAAGAAUGGGUGGUGCCGAUUUUCUGGUAUGGAAGUGGAUACAGUCAUCUGCAUCAUGUGAUAAAAUGCUAAUCAUGCCAUCUAAAGUGUGGCAAGGUCAAGCAUUUCAUUUAGAUAGAAGAAAUUCACCACCAAACAGUUUGACCCCUUGCUUAAAGAUUCGCAAUAUGUUUGAUCCAGUAAUGGAAAUCGGUGAUUAUUGGCAUGUGGCUAUUCAAGAAGCAAUCUUGGAAAAGUGCAGUGAUAAUGAGGGAAUAGUUCACAUAGCAGUGGACAAAAAUUCACGGGAGGGCUGUGUGUAUGUCAAGUGUUUAUCUCCAGAAUAUGCUGGAAAAGCUUUUAAAGCAUUGCAUGGAUCUUGGUUUGAUGGCAAGUUGGUAACAGUAAAGUAUCUACGAUUAGAUCGGUAUCAUCAUCGUUUUCCGCAGGCUAUUGCUUGCAGUGCUCCUCUGAAGCCAUCAAAUAAACAUAUGAACUCAAUGUCUCAUCUUCGUCUCCGGACAAGCACAGCCAACAACCAAGGAAACUCCUGAGACACUUAUUGUACUAGAACUGUUGAUUUGCAGCAGGAGGUUUUCCUGUCUGGCCUUGUCUUCCACUUUUACUACUUUUUGUAUGUUAACAUCUACAUUAAUCAUUUUUCAGUCUCAUUUUUUAGAAUGUCUGAGUAAUGGGUAGUACUGAAUUAAAAGAAAAUUGGCUAUAGAAUAUUUUAGACCCCAAGCAAAUCAACAUAUUAUGUUUUGCAUGACAAAUGUUGAGUUUAUUAAGCAUUUUCAGAUGUGGCUGAAUUUUUGCAUCAACAAGUGUAUGAUAACAGUCCAAAAGCAUGGAGAUGUAUUGUAUUUCCAUAAUUUCCUGUGAAAUAAUCUUGUGGGUAUUUUAUAACAAAAGCCACCUACAAUUUCUGAUGGAAGAUGAAUAGAUGUGUUAAUUUCUGUCCAGGAAUUAGUUUUUGUUGCUGCAAAGUUUUAUUUGUGUCAGUCUGGAGACGGGAAAAAUGCUGGCUUUAGUAGUUUUGGAGCAGAAAACAACUGAAUGCAGAUGUGCUGGUUUUGUAUAUAAAUAUUGGUGGUGGCAGCACCAGCAAGUAACUUGUAAAGAUGUCUGCUUCAAAGCAGUGAAUAAGCUCCCUAUUUUAUUCAUAACCAAUGUUUUAUUUAAUUUGGCUGUAUUAUUAUCCAAGGGCCAAAUACCUUGAAGUAUUAGAUACAAGUUAAAUAUCUUUUGUAGGUUUUAUAUUAAAAUAUAUGGUUAUGAUUUUUGAAUGGUCUAAUAUUGUUACUGUGAUAAUGGAUUCAAAAUCAUGUGAGCAAUAAGUAAUUGGCAGGUACUCACUUUGUGAAAAGUUAUUUACUACAAAAGAAAAUUUCUUACAAUAUAAUAAUGGGGAGUAUUUCUCAAUUAAAAUUUGCUGCCUAAAUGUGCCCAAAUAAAAAAAAAUGCACAUAAAUUCUUGUUAGAAAUGCAGUACAUAAAGAUUUUUAUAUGUUCUAUAUUAAAUGUAAGCAUUGUUUACACCUUUAAAAUUAUACAAAAAUAUGAAACAUUUUGAAACAUAACCUGAAAAUAUAAAAUAAUUUGAUAUAGUAAUUCCUGUUGAAGCAACAUAAUGUGUUGAUCCAGUUGAAUAUCAUAUAGGUGAAGGGAUGGAAAACCAUUUAAAAAAAAAAAACAAAAAAAACCCAUAGUCCAGUUUUUAUUGUAGAUAUGACCCUGCAGCAUGAACUUGCACAAAUAAUGCACGUUUUCUUAUGGCUAAAUCAACAUGACACACAUUUGUGUAAUGAAAAAUCCUAUUGUGCCUUAUCCUUGUGCUUUUUUUGUGGGCAACAUAUUUAAUAAUGGACUGUUUCUUAUCUAGAAAAAAAGGUUGUUUUUUGUCUAGGAUGCUAACAAAUAUAUGUAAUAUAAUCGGCCACACAAAGUUCUGCUCUCAAAGAACAAGUACAUAUUUUUGACAUGAGAGUAGAUUUUGACAGGCCUGUUAGAUUUUUCAUGAACUUACUAUAUACAUAUACAAAUAUGUAUAAUAUACAUGUAUAUGUAUUUAUGUGUAUAUAAUCAGGUUUUGCUGUAUUUGUGCAUCAUAGUGAUUUAUUGUUCUGAUCUUAGUAAUCAUUUUGUGACCUAUUGCAAGUGUGAAUGUAAAAUUAAAUUGUGGUAGUUUAAAAUGUUGCCUUUUGAUGCAGAUGCAUCUUUCUUCUUCUAAACAAUGUUUAAACUCUGUACAUUGAUUAUAGUAAACUGUACCAUUAUGUAGCCUAUUUUACCAUUAAAAUGUUGACCAGUUUUUGUCCCUGCAAGUCAGGUGGGAAUGUGUAUCAUACCAUGGACACUUCGGAAAGUCAAAUGUUUGUAAUUUGUCCUGUAAAAACAUAAAAGCAAAACAAAACCAAUUAAAGAUUUAUUAGGGCUUUUUA